UUCACAGUUUAUUUACCAAAACGGUCAGACGUAUCUACGCAUCGGCAUUCAAUAUCCGAUAAACCCUUAUCUAAUCUUUUAUAGUUACCUGCCCAUUCGAAAGUGUACUCAGGAAAUUGAAACACGAGUUUUGGGUUAGAAUAUUGAAAAUGCAUGGGACUUUGGCGAGGGCUAAUGUUCUGGGAAGAAAUGUGAUGAAGAAUUUCAUAAGGAACGGAUCUCAUGGAGGUGUGCCUGGCGAGAAUCUUCCCUUUGACAUGAGCAACCGCUAUAAGCUGACAGCUCUGUUCAUGGUGUACGUCGGCUCCGGACUCGCUGCGCCAUUCCUGAUCACCCGCCACCAGCUCCUCAAGAAGUAAGUCUUCUAUCAUUGCGCUGUUUUAGGUUUAAGCUAGCAAAGUGUAAAUUAAAACAAUAAAUUAAUGUAAUCACAA